CAGGAUGCGACGUUGGGGCCAGACAUGCUUCCGUCGUCGACGGUGGCAUAGGCUGUGGUGAUAUGUGGGAAGAAGGCGUGCUUAUGGACGAAGCCACAGCGUUCGGGUCCCUUUCAAACUCGCAGGACACAUAUCCCGGGCAGUGCCGCAUUCGCAACUACAAUGCGUUGAAACGCAUGUCCAUCGUGUACACGUGGGUGAAUGGAAGUGUGCCGUGUUAUCGUGAGUGUCGACGCAAGUAUGGCGGCGACGGCGAAGUCGGAGGGUCCCGCGACCGCGACAGUGGCGAGUUGAUGUAUUCGAUCAGGUCGCUGCGUCAGUUCCUUCCAUGGCACGAAGGCACGGUGUACAUCGUCGCGCCAAGCCACGCUCCUCCACACUGGCUCAACCACAGCCAUCCUCGCAUUCACGUGAUCCAUCAAGACUCGUUGUUCCCAUCGUCGGCAAUAAGUUAUCUUCCCACUUUCAACACCAAUGUCAUUGAGCAGUUCCUGUAUCGCAUUCCAGGUCUCUCCGACCUCUUCAUGCACAUGAACGACGACUAUAUCUUCACGGCGCAUGUCCGUCCCCACGACUUGUUUACAUGCGAUGGUGGCAUCAAGCUUCUGCACGAGCCGUCCAUUAUUGGUCGUCCGACAGCCCCCGACCCUUCCCGUGGCAAUUGGAUGCAGUCAGUCUUGACCACUCGGGACGCUAUCGACGCUACGUUGGGGUACACUCCCACUCGCCACUUUCUGAAACACGCUCCCUUUGUCUACAGUCGUCGCGCGUUGGUCCGCGUCCACCAGCUCUUUACUCAACAACUCCGCGCCACCCUUCCUAACCGAUUCCGUGGGCCUCAUGACAUGAACGUUCCCCUCCUCCAUCACGCGUACGUGCUUGCAUUGGGCAAGACAGAGCUUGGCAUUCCUGUCGAGAACCCGCCCCCUACUCCCGAGUUUCAGUUGCUAUUGCUCACAGACACCAACCAAGAGUACACCAAGAAGAUAUUUGCAGCCAUCUUAAACCGACGGCAUGGAGCCAAGCUCCUCGCCCUCAACGACGAGUUUACAGACAUGGCUGUGGCUGACACAGUGCGCACGUUUCUAGCAACGUUCUUGCCCGUGCCGUCGGCGUUUGAGUUAGAACAGCGCUACGCAUCGUUGGAGGAUGAUGGAGCCAAUGCCAACGAGCAAGACUGCUGUAAUGCUGGCGAUGGCAUCGUCAAAGAUGUAGGAGACGACGUUGUAGAGUCGUCCAACUCGCUCGUCCUUCGCGUCGAGAAACCUCCGUCCAUGGCAAUAUCGUUCUUCCGGACAUGUGUGCAUGGUGCUGGGUUUGCACUAGGAAUCGUCUUCGUACUAGCUGCCCACCACCACCUUGUUCGCAAUUCUACGGAACACCGCCGUCAUCUCCACACCGAAACCGACGGCAAGGAAGUCAAUACAAGUGUCGUUUAGUAAGACUAGGACUAUGUAAUCUCAUCAGACAAGGGUUC